AUGUAUAUCUCAUCCCCAGACCCUACUUCCGACUUCCGAGUAAUAUACCGAGUGGAUGAAUCUGCAUUCAUCGACAAGAUUGUUCAAGAGAUCUUUAGCGGUAUACGACCUCGUGGUAUGGAGAACAACCUAAUCGGUAUCAAAUCUCGUCUGGAUGCAUUGAAUUCGUUAUUGGCUACCGAAGCAACAGAAGAGGUGUUGAUUAUAGGAAUAUGUGGAAUGGGAGGAAUCGGUAAGACAACUAUCGCCCGAGCUUUGUUUGGAAGGAUUGCUUACAAAUUCGAGGGUAGUAGCUUUGCUAAUGAUGUUAGAGAAAACAGUUCUAGUAAAAAAGAUAUAUGUGCCUUACAGGGAAAAAUUCUAAGAGAUGUUCUAGUGACGCAGCACGUGACCACGAUUCAAGAUCCUGAGCACGGAGCCGACAUGAUACGAAAAAGAUUUCGAAAUAAAAAGGUUCUUUUGGUUCUUGAUGAUGUUGAUAACUUAACGCAACUAGAGUUCCUAGCUGCACGACGUAAGUGGUUUGGUCUGGGAAGUAGAAUCGUUAUAACCACAAGAAACGAGCAUUUGUUAUCAGAUGCAAAUGCAAAAUACAAACCUCCUAUUUUACUUGAAGACCAAGCUCUUGGGCUCUUCAGUAGGCAUGCUUUCCGGAAAAAUAUCCCACCGAGUGGGUACGAGGAGUUAUCAUAUCGUGCAAUACGCUACACUGGCUGUCUUCCUCUAGCCCUGAAAGUUUUAGGUUCUUUCUUCUACAAAAGACAAGCAGAUGUAUGGGAAAGUGCUUUAAAUAGACUGGCGAAAAAACAAAAUGCCGAGAUUUUUGAGACACUGAAGUUGAGUUUUGACGGGCUUGAUGAUUCCGAGAAGGAAAUAUUUCUAGACAUUGCAUGUUUCUUCAAGGGGAAAGAUGAAGAACAUGUAACGAGAGUUCUUGAUAGCUUCGGUUUUGACCCAGUGAUAGGGAUCACGAUUCUUAUUGAGAAAUCUCUUGUAACCAUUUCGAAUAAAAGGCUCAAUAUGCAUGAUCUCAUACAAGAUAUGGGGAGGCAGAUAGUUUGUUCGAGUUUCCCAAAUAGUAGGCUAUGGCAACUCGAACAAAUCCAUGAUUUUGUUAGCAGAAACAAGAAACUAAAAGCAAUCGAAGCCAUAGUUGUGCCGUACAAGCAACACAAUGUUGAGAAGUACGAUGAGGAGCUAGGUUUUAGAGCUAAUGUUUUCGAAAGCAUGAAGAAUCUUCGGCUACUUGAUAUUGACCAGAAAUUCACUUCUCGUGAACCUACCAUUCUCCCUUACGACUUACAAUGGCUUCAAUGGAACGAAUACCCAUUUUCUUCUUUGCCUCUAGCACACAUGCGUAAGCUUGUCGGGAUUGAAAUGCUCUAUGGCAGAAUCAAACAUCUAUGGAAGGGGCAAAAGAUUUUUCCGAACUUGAAGUUUAUUCACCUUCAGAGGUUGGGAUGGCUAACAAAGUUUCCAGAUGUCUCCGGAGCCCCAAAUGUUGAGAGGUUGGUUUUAUUAUAUUGUGAGAGUCUGGUUGAGGUUCACGAGUCUCUUGGAUCUCACAGAAGGCUUGUUUACUUGGACAUGAGUGGUUGUGAGAGGCUAGUGUGUCUCCCAUCCAUAAUCGAGAUGGAAUCCCUGGAGACUCUGAGACUCUCCGACUGCUAUCGUCUUGAAAGAUUCCCAGAAGUCGGGGCAUGCAUGGUAAAACUAUCAAAUUUAUAUCUUGAUAGUUGUUUUCGAGUAGAGGAAUUGCCAUCAUCAAUCAGAUAUCUCUCUAGUCUAAGCUUUUUGCAUCUCCAAAACUGUAAGAGUCUUAUGAACAUUCCAGACUCUAUUUGUGAGUUACAGCAGCUUAAGAGCCUUCAACUUCACAACUGCGAGAAACUGCAGAAAUUGCCAGAGGAGCUUGGAAGCAUGAAGAAUUUAGAAGAUCUUGGGCUAGGAAUUACAGGUUACGUUGGGGCCUUAGAACGACCGGAGUCCAUUAACUUUCAUACUUUUAAAGAUUUAUGUUCCUUGAGAAAGUUAGAUCUCAGUCGGAGGCAAAUCAGAAACGAAGACUUUCCCCAAGAUCUUCAUGGAUUUUCCUCCUUGGAAGAAUUACAUCUAAGCGGCAAUUCCAAAUUAAUCGAGUUGCCUGCAAGCAUCUCCCAUCUUUUUCGUCUUAAACACCUAGAGUUGAACGAGUGCUGCCAACUUCAAAAGUUGCAUGUGCUCCCAUCAGGAAUACAAGUACUCAAGGCAAGUGAUUGCAGCUCACUAGAAAAGAUUGAAGAUCUAUCGGAAGAGUAUGAAUGGUUAUACAAGAUAUGGCUUGUUGGUUGUGUGAAACUUCUAGAGGAUCAAGAAAAUGAAAGAUACCUUGACAAGAUGUUGCAAGAAUCUUUCCUUAAGAGAUGUGCUGCUGUAGAUCAUCGGUUAAGUAUUGCUAUUCCUGGAAACAAGAUCCCGAGUUGGUUCGAAGAAGAACAACAUGGGCACCAAAUCACAUUGAAGUUACCUCACGAAUGCCAUAUCCAAAUCAUGGGGUUUGCAGUUUGUGGUCUGUUUCAAGGGGUGCAAAUGGGACGUUGUUCUCCGGAGAUCAUCUUCACAAUAGUGAACGAUGAGAAGUCCAUUCCUAAGUCAGAGGUUGAUUGUAUCGUUGCAUCUGCAGCAGCUGAGAAUGGGAAUGUGUGGAUUAGCUAUAUGCCGUUCAGUUUCUUUCAGCAGAUGUAUCAUGAUUCUGAAAGAGAAGAUUGGUCUCAUAUCGAAGGUAAUCUUGUCACGAGUAUAAGGUUACAAGGUGGUGAAGAAGCUGUAAGAUGCGGAGCACAUAUAGUGUAUAAACAAGAUGUGGAAUUGAUUGGGGAACCUAAAAUUUGUAUCCCUGAUUAUAGAAACUUGGAGUAUAGUCAUGGCUCAGGCAAUACUCGUGUGUGCUUAGAAAUGUAUAUGAGCCCAUGGUGCCUUUAA